CUUCCCAACUUCGAUAGCUUCUUUUUCAAGUAAUUGUGACGUGAAUGGUUGGAAAUUUGGGAUCAUGUCAUCAAGUUUGUCUCGGGGUUUGUUUGGUUGAAGCGGCUCCUCGCUGAUUUCGGCGUUGAAUGUGAGGUUCCUAUUCACCUUUUUGCGGAUAAUACAAGUGCUAUCAGCAUCGCUACUAACCUGGUUCUCCAUGAUCAUACCAAGCACAUUGGGGUGCAAUGUUCACGUCAUUCUCCAGUUGGUUGCUGAAGGUCUCGUCACCCUUCCGUACAUUACUUCGGGGGAUCAGACGGCUGAUAUACUGACCAAGACUGUCUCCAAGGCUAGUCAUUGGUUUUUAGCU